AAGCUCCAGCGCUGUCCUCGACCUCGAACCUCGCGCGCCCCAGCUCACUUCAGAGCCCAUUGGCGACGUCUCCACCCCCCACGCGGAGGCCGGUGUGGGAGCGGUGAGGGUUCAGGUGCUGGGUCUUCAUCAUGUGGAGAGCAGCAGCUGUGCUCUUGCAGCUGACGUUAUGGGUUGCUACCGUUCACGCCUUCUUCCCGUUCAUCCCGGCGAACCAGUGCAACUCCAAUGGCCACUGCGGUCCGAUGGACGGGCCCUCAACGGGGAACGAUGGCGAGUCUGGUCGGACCUCUGACGGGAUCACGCUCGACCUUCAUCAGAGAGCCAGGAGUUCCCGUGCUGAUUCGACAGCUACGGACCCGGUAGCCGAAGCUCUUGCCCGAGUUGCCCAGAAAUUCGGGGGACUGCGGCCAUCCCCAACAACCGAGUUGGACAAGAGGGGCAACUCAUUCUCGGUCUCUGCACCCGCCACACCGACCACGUCCAACAGCGCAGGCAUCUAUCAGUCCGGCCCGGACUACUCGUACUUCAUCAAGGUCCAAGUCGGCUCCGCUCAGCAACCCUUCUACAUGCUGCUCGACAGCGGCGCUGCGAACUCUUGGCUCAUGGGGUCCGACUGCCAGUCAGCUGCAUGCAAGAUCCACAACACUUUUGACCCAUCCUCGUCGAAGACGUGGCAGACGGACAAGAAGGCAUUCUCGAUUUCGUACGGAUCCGGGGACCUCACCGGCAUUGUAGGCCAGGACAAGGCCUCGCUUGCUGGGCUGAACGUGGUGAACUUCUCGUUUGGACUGGCCAACUACACUCAUGAUGACUUCACGCACUUCGCCUUCGACGGCAUCCUCGGCCUUGCCAUGAGUGCUUCCGCGACAGGAACGUUCCUGCAGACGCUGAAGGCGGACAAGUUAUUGAGCUCGCUCGUCAUCGGCCUGUCUCUGAACAGGGAUUCCGAUGGGACGAACGACGGCCAGGUCACCUUCGGCGGCGUCGAUGCAGCCAAGUACACCGGAGAUAUUUCGUACACGGAUAUUCAGUCGCCGGAGAAGGAGGCUGGCGAAUGGGCGAUUCCGUUUGGUGGAGUCGGCUUCAACGGAAAGUCCGCCACCAUCACCAGCACCAUUGCGUACAUCGACUCGGGCACAUCGUUCGUGUUUGCGCCGCCCGACGACCUGGCGGCCCUAUUCAAGCUCGUCCCUGGAGCUAGCUCAUUCGAGAGCGGCGGGUAUGUGGAAUAUCAGAUCCCGUGCGACACCAAGCUCCCCAUCUCGGUCACCUUCUCUGGCGUCUCCUACGACAUCUCGCCCGAGGACUGGGUCGUGAAAAUUAAUGACACGAGCUGCAUCAGCCGUAUCUACGGCUACGAGAUCAAGAAGGGCGCGUGGCUGCUCGGCGACACCUUUCUCAAGAACGUGUACACCGUCCUUGACGGAGACAAGAUGCGCAUCGGCUUUGCCUCGAAGCCUGCGCCGCCACCUAAGACGACGACCACGUCGGCCGUCGCCUCUGGUACGACUCUCCCAUCUGCGGUGACGUCGCUGGCGAGCGAUGGUUCAGCCCAUCCCGGGAUGCCCGGGUUCAGCGGCCAGGAUACGCCAGCUGCGGGCAUGACCCAGCCGGCGCCGACUGCCGCGGCUGCCCAGACGCCGAGCUCACCGGGGAGCCGGCUGAUCAGCAGCGUGUACAUUACUUUGCUCUGCGUGGCCAUUGUACUUGCCAUCAUGGCAUGAGACAGUGGCGGUUAUUACGAUGGUCUUGGAGCCAUCAUCCAUCCAGCUCUGAUGAAGAGCAACUCGGGUCGGUAAUUCACCAUGCGUAGCAUGAGCUGAGCCUUCCCUGUAUUCUCUAUUUUUUUUUUCUUUAUGCAACUUGGACCACUUUGGUUCGUAAUUCGGAUCU